UAUUUUUUAUUUAUUUUUUUGUGCUCUUGUGUCUUGCUUUGUUUCACUCAAAUCGCUCCAUCUCGCGUCAUCUCGUUCACUUCAACCCCGUGUUGGGUUUUUGGAGGGGUGAAAAGCGUGUACUCAACUUCCAACAAUGAGUCAAUCUCGCCAUUCGAACUUGCUCGGAAAAGUGCCUCAUGCCACAGUCACACUCACUUUUGUGGUUUCACAAACAACAGUCUCAUGCAAAGAGCAGCCUUGUACACGACGUCGUCCACAGCCGCCGAGGCACGCACGACAAGCCAUGGAUCGCGAUCCAGCACUGCUGCUGCUGCUGCUGCUUCUGCUCCGUCCGCAGCGGGAGCGGCGUCGCACGCGGGGAUUCAACUCCCACGCGGAUUCGCACUGUCCAAGGCCACAGUUGCAAACACCGACGCUGCCACCACUCAUGACGCAAAGUCGCCGCUCCGUCCCGCACCCGUCGCGGUCGUCUUUGGAUGGAUGGGCGCCAAGACGCGCCACGUUCACAAGACCAUCGAAUUUUACAACGCCAAGGGUAUGGACGCCAUCAGCUACAUGCCGACACCACGAGAUGUGCUUCAGCCAGACUAUGGUCGAGCACAGCUCACAAAGCUGCUCGAACACCUCAAUGUGACCAAAAACCCGGCCGUCUUCCACUGCUUUUCCACCGGUGGAUACCUGUACGGCCAGGUGCUGUCCUUGCUCCAGUCGCCGCACACAAAGCACUUCCAUGGCGUCCGAGACCAAGUGCGCGGCACCGUCAUGGACAGCGUUGUAGAUGAAAGCGGCGUUCGAUACGGCAUUCCGAAUGCACUCUUCCCGAAGGCGCCAAUGCAACGCGCCAUCGCCUCGCUCACCGUCAACUUUAUCCUCAACAACUUCAAGACGGUCGAUUCGGCCCUCAAGCACGCUUCAGAGUCCUUCCACAACACCACCAUCCAAGCCCCAUCCCUCUGGUACUAUUGCCGCAAUGACGAUAUCGCCGACCACCGGAUUAUUGAGGCCGUCGUUGCCAAAUGGCGCGCGCGCGGCCUCAAGUGCAACGAACAGUUCUGGGAGCAGUCGCGGCACGUGUCCCAUGCCAAGGUGCAUCCUCACAUUUACUUUUCAGCCCUCGACGCGUUCAUUGCCGAGUCGCUCGCCCUGCCCAACAUGGCCCCGGACGCGCUGGCGCGCUACUGCGCGGCCGUCUCCGGCUCCAAGGAUGACGCCGAAAAGUAUCUUCGCACCCACAGCCAAGAUUUCCAGAAGGAACUCUCGCACAUCAAGGACAGCCUCAUUCACGAAAGCAACAAGCACAGCGGCCACCCGCAUCGCCACCACCACCGAGUCGCUCCUCCAGCAGCUCGUGCGCAUGCCUAAAAGUACAAAAACCGAAAACAACAAAAAGGUACUUUGUCGCAUUUGGGUCCACGGGUCAGCCCAGCUCAAGCCUCAGAUAAUUUACUCCUUGCACAGCAAAAAUUGACAAAACAAAAAAAUUAAGAAUCCACAAAAGAAUGGACGAAAACCAGAAUGUCUUGAUGAAACAAACAACAAAAUAAAACCGUUAAUGUCAAAAA